UUGUUUAUGCUGUCGACAGCGGAUGACAGCGACUGCUGCGCUGCUGAGUAUCAAAGAACACGCCGCCACUGGGAAGAAGCGUUUUGGGAUGGUGUGUAGCUAACUAGCCAGCUAUUUAAUAUUUUAUGCCACUUUAGUAGUAGACGCUCUGUCUUUGGGGAGAGGUACCGGAACCGUACUCCCGAAUAGCGAUUCGUAGGGGUCGCGGUCCGUUAGCCAAAGCUAAACCGCUGACGGGAUCUGCGUGGAUGCAGAAGGGACCGGCCCCUGGAGCCGGGUGCUGCAGGCAGUCACACCCUUGUCCGGUGCGAGGAGCCGCUGCGUGUCGCUCUCCUCCAUGUGUUGCAUGGUUUUACGAAGCCACCUGCUAAGCUCAGACCCCUGAAUUAGAGCUUCGGAACAGUACUGGGAGUUUAGCGGUUAACUGGGCGGGCGCGGAGUGGAUAUGACCGACUCAUCGUCAUGGCCCGGGCCGAGCAGAUAACCCUGAACCGUCUGUCUGCUGCAGUCCCACCCGGACAGUCCCACCGCCAGCUGAGCUAGACAGCGAAGUUAUUUAUACGAUCAACCCUCCCUGUUACACCCCCCCCCCCUAGUCUGUGCGGCAUCAUGAAUACCCCGAUUUACACGUUUGUCACCCGUGACGACAACAGCACGGUUUACGCAGAAGUUUCCAAAAUCCUCCUGUCGACUGGACACUGGAAGAGGCUGAAACGGGACAAUCCCAGAUUCAACCUAAUGCUCGGUGAACGGAACAGACUGCCCUUUGGACGGCUUGGUCAUGAACCUGGCCUGGUGCAGCUGGUGAAUUACUACAGAGGAGCAGACAAGCUCUGCAGAAAGGCGCCCCUGGUUAAGCUUAUAAAAACCAGCCCGGAGCUCUCCGACUCCUGCAACUGGUUUCCAGAAUCCUACAUCAUCUACCCCACUGACCUCAAAACCCCCGUUGCCCCGGCUACGAAUGGCAUUAGCCAUCUGAAGAGCAAUCCCAAGACGGACGAGCGGGAAGUUUUCUUGGCCUCCUACUAUUCCAAAAAAGAAAGCGGGGAGGGCACAGUGUGGAUAGCCAAGUCCUCUGCCGGAGCUAAAGGUGCUGGUAUUUUGAUAUCCCACGAUGCGAAUCAGCUGCUGGAGUACAUUGACAAUCAGGGGCAGGUCCAUGUCAUUCAGAAGUACCUGGAGAAGCCGCUGCUUCUGCAGCCGGGGAAUCGCAAGUUUGACAUCAGGAGCUGGGUGCUGGUGGACCAUCAUUACAACAUCUAUUUGUACCGGGAGGGCGUGCUGCGGACGUCCUCGGAGCCCUACAACAGCUCCGACCUCCAGGACAUGACCAGCCACCUGACAAACCACUGCAUCCAGAAGGAGCACUCCCACAACUACGGGCGGUACGAGGAGGGCAACGAGAUGUUCUUUGAUGAGUUCAGGCUGUACCUGCUGAACACUCACAAUGUCACCCUGGAGACGGCCAUCUUACCACAGAUCAAGCAGAUCAUAAAGAGCUGUCUGACAUGCAUCGAGCCGUCCAUCAGCACCAAGCACCUGUCCUACCAGAGCUUCCAGCUCUUCGGAUUUGACUUCAUGGUGGACGAGAGCUUCAAAGUGUGGCUCAUCGAGAUCAAUGGAGCUCCGGCCUGCGCACAGAAACUGUAUCCGGAGCUAUGCCAAGGCAUCGUGGACGUGGCCGUUUCCAGUGUCUUCGCCCUGAGCAGCAGCGCGGACGCCUCGUCCGCAUCCUCGUCUCCUUAUUCUUCCUCCCCGUCCUCCACCUUCACCACCAACACCUCAUGCUCCUCCCCCAAACUGAGAGGGCCUCUCCACGUGGGCCCUUUCACUCGACUGUAAGUACAUGCAAACGGCCCCCGUCCCCCGCUCGGCCUUCUCCGUACAGCUUCUUCAUGCCCCGUCCCUCACUACCGGACUCCACCUGAGAAGCAGCACACGCCUGAUCGACCUGCUCUCCUGACAUGAAUGUUACAAAUCUGAAGAACCCAACAGGUGGAUGACUGCGGAGCUCAGAAGGGCGCAGAGGCGCUGCGAUGGAGACUGUAGUGCCUUACGUGUCCCGCUCCCUUAAAAAGACGGCCAGUCUACUUGCUCUGUAAGCCUUCGCACUGUUGUCUGGCAAAGGGAAGAAAACGAUAAUGACCCGUCCAGAAGAAUUAACAUGAAGCUAAAUUCAUGACGUUGUGUAAACUUGUGUAAUUCUAAAUGCAUAAAACAAAACGUAUUGGGGCUACAUGAACCUAAUAGUUUCCUUCAUUGAACAAUAGUUUUACCUUAAAUAGACUAAGACACUAAACCAACUGUCCGACGAGUUGAGCAACAAAGCCGUCAAGGUUUGACUUGACGAUCGCCGUUUCCCCUCAAACUACAAUUGGAAACGACCCUUUUUUUUUUACAUUCAUGGCAGUUGGCUGAUAGAACUGAACAGUGAAAACCUCCUUCACCUGAAGUGUAUGUGACCGCUGAGAGGAACGACAACUGCCAUUCAGCAUCGGCCUGCAUUGUUCUGUUCUCCACUUAGAAAACACAGUUCAGCUGACAGUAUUUUUUUAGGUAGUUUUAUAAGUCAAUUGCAGAGCGCAUGUUUGUGUGAAAGCAUGUCGUAGAAUGCGUCCUCAUUCACAAGCUGCACCUUUGGUAAAAAGCGCUGCCCUGAUGUCUGAUCUAGAUCUGGUGUGUUAGACUGUCUUUGUGGAGUGUUUUUGAAGUAGAGUAGAUUGUACAAAGUGUUACGGAGAUAAAAAGCCGGCGGGGAAAACAUACGGCGCCACUUCUUGCUUCUGACACGUGUCUUCUUAAACGUACGGCGUCCAACGUGAUAUUACCAAAGAGAGGUGAACAUAGGACGGAGGUCACAGACAGCUCCUCAUCCAUCACUGCCUCGAUCCGGUUACGGUUUCUACACUAUUUUUUACAUUUUAGUAUUAGUAUUAUUCUAUUAUUAUUCCUUCACCUGUCUUAUGAUGUAUGUCGUAGUAACUGGAGGAGACAUAAAAGGUGCAACUGUCCAAGAUCACUUCAGACAUUAAACUAAAUUAGCGUGUGUGACAGCUUCACUUUGGGGAAGUUGAUUCCACUGUUUGACUGCAGACGUUUAUUUUUGAUAGAAAAGCUCAUUGUAAGCAUUUUAGUUGGCGUGUCCGUCACAUUGGUAGAAUGCCUGCUGCUCCUUUCUUCCAUCCUCAAUUAAAAUGGGCGGGGCUUCACAUGUCGCUCAGGACAUCUGUUAAGGGACGCCAUCCGAGCAUUGGUUUUACAUGUGUUGUUUACAAGACGACUCUUGGGGAAGGAAGGAGAUGUAGGAAGGAGCCUGUCAGCAGACGUGGAUGUUACGGGAUUAAUCACAUAGGAUGAAUCCAUUGAUGGGAUGGAUUCCAGAGCCCUGAUGUAGCUGAAAUACUUGUGUAAAUGUAUCAAUGCUGCCAGAACAUUGGUAUUUAUGUGAGGAUCGUGUUGGCAAAAGGCUCACGGUUGUUUUGUUUUUUUAUUAUCAGAAGCAAAUGUUUCUUUUGGGAUUUGUGAGGAAAAUGUCUCUCCAGCAAAGGGAAGGAUGCCUUUGGCAAUUUCAUUUUGAUAACAAGACGCAAAGGACCUCAAGGAUUCAAAUUCAGCUUGAUUUGUUCCUAUUUAAAAUAUUAUUCCUCAUUCAUUAUAUGGUUUCUUAAAUUUGAUGAUGUCAUUUGCUCAGUUUGUAAUGUUUUUCUGCUAGAUUUCCUCAUCUUUACCAAAGAUUAGAUCCCUGCUGUAUUGUCAGUGUCAAUCUAUAUGUUUUGUAAUGGCUGUAAUCUGGAUUUCAUCACAUCGAUAGGCCAACGUUGAGGUUCAUGUUCAGAGGGAUGUCUGUGCUGGUUGUCUUGCAUGAUCAUUUCUCUUCAUCAAAUACAAUACUGCUAGUAUACAAUUCAAAUACUAGUGUCAAGCCAUGUUACGUUUGUAUUUCUGCUUAAUGUGGUGUGUUUUCUUUUAUUCCAAUUAAAAUACUUCUCAAUAUGAAGCAACAGGAAACGAGACGUGUCUUUUGGACCACGAAGGCAACUUGUAUAUCAGAAACACUGAGUGAAAGAAAAAAGGCUGAUGUGAUGUGAAAUGUAUAAUAAUAACCACCAUGUAAAGACGU